GGUUUCAGCGCUCCAACUGGAGCGGUGUGAGCCGGAUUAAGUUUUUCAAGGCUUAAAGCUGCCAUAAAGAGUACCGCAAAAGUGCGCUCGGAUUCGGGGGUGAAGGGCACAUAUGGGAGUUCAAACUGGUCGGACCCACGCACGCCGAAAAAAGUGUAAAUGUGAGUGUCACUUCCUGACAGCGGGCCUCGUGGCUGUCUCUUUCCUCGUCUUCCUGGGACUUUCCGCCCUCCACUUACCGGAGCCGUUCGCGCUCAAGCCGGCGACGGCCCUUCCCGAGGUGACGCUUUUAGUUUGGACUCAUCCAUUUGGCCGGAAGCAGCGGCUUCCGGAUUGUUUGGCGCGCUACGGCGUCUACGGCUGCGAACUGACGGACGACCAGCGCGCGUACACGUACGCGGACGGCGUACUCGUGCACCACCGCGACGUCGUCUCCGGAACGGCCGAUUUGCCACCGGAAGAAGGACGCCCCCCGGGGCAGAAGUGGAUAUGGCUCAAUUAUGAGUCUCCCUCGCACACGCAGGGGCUGCGAGGCCUGGAGGGGCUCUUUAAUCUCACCAUGAGCUACCGAGCUGACUCGGACAUAUUCCUCCCAUAUGGCUAUCUGGUCCCCAAGCACGGCAAUGGUAGACCACUGACAAAAACCUCUAGAGCUUCUCGUCCUGGUUUUGUAGCUUGGGUUGUGAGUAACUGGGCUGAGUCGCAGGCCCGCGUGGCAUUUUACUACGAGUUGAGCCAGUACAUCGAGGUUGACGUGUUCGGACAAGCCGGUAUUAGGAUUCCAAAAGGCUCCAAGGAGGUUGUGCAGACUUUAAGACGCUACUACUUCUAUUUAGCACUGGAGAACUCACAGCAUACCCAGUACAUCACAGAGAAGCUGUGGAACGCCGUGUCAGCAGGAGCCGUCCCGGUGGUCCUGGGCCCGACCCGGAAGGACUAUGAGCGCUUCCUGCCACCGGAGGCUUUCAUCCACGUGGACGAUUUCCCUUCAGUCAAAGAGCUGGCCCGGUACCUGCUGCAGCUCAAGCGGGAGCCGGUCAGGCUGAUGUGGCACUUGCGCUGGAGGACGGGGUUUGGAUUGCACCAGCCGGCCUUUUGGUCUGAACACUACUGCACUGCCUGCAAGGCGCUGAGGAAGACUGUGGGCCAAACUCAUGUGGUCCAUGAUUUGACUCAGUGGUUUGACUCCUGAGUGGACCGCUCAUCAACUUCUCAAUUUGCAGGGAACUUUAAUAUGGCACUGCUGUCUUAGAUACCACAAAUAUUUGUGGUGACGAUAUUAGCAUAGACUUCAUAACCUAUUGACGUGACACGGGAAACGAGGCCAAUUCGUAGGGGGCCUAUUUUCAAAAACUUAAAAUUCACAUAUUUUCAAAACCAAAGCCGGUAGCGACCUAAAACCAAAACAGGCACCUCCCUUAGGCAUAUAUGGGUCUACAUGAGCAGCAACAGAAAAAAAUUCAAAGUCAUUCCAAAAUAAAAUCCCGAUUAUCUUUAUUUUUAAUUUUUAUAUAAGUGUAAAAAAACUAGAAAGGGCUUAAAAUUUUACGCUAAAUGCACAAAAAUCACCAAAUGCAGAGAUAAUCUAUAUUUUCAGGAUCAAAUUUUCUACAGCUAAUAAAUCACUCAAUUUUCAUAUCAGAAACAUAAUACUUGAGGAAAGCAUGCAGAAUCAUCUUUUUACUGAACAAAAGCAAAAUUUGCAUUUUUCUAUAUACAAUCACAACUCCUUUAGGUUGAAUUCCGCUAUUGUGUAGACAUACAAAAUCCAACAUGGCGGCCGUCACAAAACAAAGCUUUUUAAGUUGAAAAUUCUUGUAAAUAAAUGCUUAAAUCGCAGAAUUUCUAUAGAUACGAAGGUGAAACAGUCUAGGUUCUUGGUUAAAAGCAAAAAACUUGGCAGUUACCAAUCAUUUAACAUAAAUAAUUUAAGACAAAAUUAUGGUAUUGUGUAAUCCAACAUGGUGGCCGUCAAAAAACAAAAAGCUUUUUAAAUUGAAAAUUGUAAAUUAAUGCUUAAAUCGCAGAAUUUGUAUAGAUAUGAACUAGGGCUGUCAAACGAUUAAUAUUUUUAAUCGAGUUAAUCAGCUUAAAAAUUAAUUAAUCGUAAUUAAUUGCAAUUCAAACCAUCUAUAAAAUAUGCCAUAUUUUUCUGUAAAUUAUUGUUGGAAUGGAAAGAUGGCACAAGACGGAUAUAAACAUUCAACAUACUGUACAUAAGUACUGUAUUUGUUUAUCACAACAAUAAAUCAACAAGAUGGCAUUAACAUUAACAUUCUGUUAAAACGAUCCAUGGAUAGAAAGACUUGUAGUUCUUAAAAGAUAAAUGUUAGUACAAGUUAUAGAAAUUUUAUAUUAAAACCCCUCUUAAUGUUUUUGUUUUAAUAAAAUUUGUAAAAUUUUCAAUCAAAAAAUAAACUAGUACCUCACCAUUGUUGAUGUCAAUAAUUACACAAUGCUCAUGGUGCUGAAACCCAUAAAAGCGCCAGCAGAGGGCGAAAAAACACCAAAAAACACAAGUAACAAGUGGACAUGACACUGUGCUGUCAUUUUAAUCUGUUUGAGCGGGGCAUGUGCGUUAAAUGUGUCAAAUAUUUUAACAUGAUUAAUUAAAAAAAUUAAUUACCGCCCGUAAACGCGAUAAUUUUGACAGCCCUAAUAUGAACGUGAAACAGUAGGUUCUUGGUUAAGAGCAGAAAACGGGCAGUUAUCGUUCAUUUUACAUGAAUAUUUUAAGCAAAAGUUACGGUAUUGUGUAAUCCAACAAGUUACACUAAUUUUAUUGAUUUUUUUUUCCGCACAACAAUUCAAAGUGCAUGCAUGGUGCUAUUUAAUAUAAUAAUUACCUUGAAUUCUUGACCAAAUCACACUUGAGACACUCCUGCCUUCUUGUAUACAGUAAAACCUUCGUCCUAUUUCCACCUAAAUCCGGCGCUAGAACUCACCGUGUGUUUGAGUUUAUCACAGUGAAAGCCAACUCAGCGUUCUGCCUGGGUCGGCCGCUACCGGGAAGGCGUGGCGCAAUGUCUGUGGGAGCUGUCUUGUCUACUGAUGGUGGGGUCUAUGAAUAAUUGUUGUGGGGAUGAUAUUGGUAUACACCCCCCCCCCCCCCCCCCCCCCCGUCCUAACAUUUACGCAAAAUAUUUUGCCUCUUAACACAACAUCCUGUUUCUAAUUUUGGUCAUAAUGACGUACAACAAGCGGCGUGGGACGUGGGGUGCUGAAGGUGCUGCAGCACUCCCUAGUGUUGGGGAGAAAUGUAUUGUUUUGGUAGAUGAGUUUUAUUUUUUUAUUUUAUUUUAUUUUUUUUUUUUAUAAAUAAAUAAAAUAUGUUCAGGCAAAAGCACAUUUAAUUCUGAUUAAAUAUUUAUGUUGAAAACGUUUUUUUUGUUUUUUGUUAAUAACACCACCUGAAACUUCGCUUGCUCCCAGGUUGCUCUGAAUAAGGUGCUAUUGGACCGGAUAAGUAAACAGUUGACAGAGGAUGCGUGAACAUCACACAAAAACGAAUUAGCGAUUUUUUUUUUUUCUUUACAAAAGCAGCGAUAUUUUCUAAAAUUCAAUUCGAGGUUGAAAACGAAGAUAAUAAUAUAUAAUAAUUUAUAAUCACAUCAAAUAAUGACAUGUCAAAUAGACAAAUACAACUGAAAUAUGAAAAAUAAAAAAAAUUGGGUGGAUAUUCCAAUUAAUGGCCUUUGCGUGAUUACCUCAUUGACAAAAUUGUUUAAGUCCACCACUCUUCAGAACAAAGGUCUCCAUCAGGUGUUGUCAAACAGCUGAUGAAAACAUCUGUAGAUGUGAACGGAACCCUAAUGAACAGCAAUUAAGAAGAUUUGAAAGGACACACAUAGCUCUUCUUGGCAGUUAAUGACAUCUUUACAACAUGGUGAAGUUUAAGGAAUGGUCAAAAAAGAGGAGGUAAUUUCACAUCAUAAGCAAGGAUAUGGAUAGGAAAAGAUGGCAAAAGGAAUACAAAUGUCAAGAGACCCAAUUGGGACCAUAGUCCGCAAGUUUAAAGCUAAAGGAACAGUUGAAACGCGACCUGGGCCUGGUAGAAAGUAAUAAUAAUAAAGAUAUAAGUAACAUACAUUCAGAAAAAUAAGUACAAAUGACUUACAUUAUGCAGAGUGAAAUGGAAUAUAUUUUGAAGAUCACUCAAACAUUGACUUUUUUAAAUCAUAAGGAACUGAAUAAGUAGCCUAACAUAAAUGAACAAAUAUAAGUCCAAAGUGCACACUGACAGCAAAGAUGUUCUGAACCUCCGCAUCAGACCAAAUAAAACUAAAUAUGAUAAAUAAGCCUCCUCAACUCUUAAGUUGCUCUUAAAGAUUUAAUCCAUUUUAUGUUGCAUUGCCCUUUUUUGUCGCAUCAAUUCAACAACCUUUUUUUUUUGGCUUUUCCAGAAAACGUACACAUUUGAACCAGUCAGAGCUAACUAUCUCAGCUGAUCACAUGUCAGUAUGUCAGCCAAUUGAACGGAUAAAUGAGUCCAGGCCUUUUUGCUUCGCUGCGUGCAUUCGCACAUUGACGUGACUCAUCAUCGUCAAACUCCGAUAACUGCAGCAGCUGGGGAAACCGCCAUGCCGUCCGUGGAAUAAAAUAAAUAAUAAAUAUUGGGGGAAAUGGAUGACGCUACACAAGCAUUUUAUUAUGCUUGUUGUUAACACUUGUGUAUGUAAAUCUGAUGUUGGUAGAUUGUUUUCUUCUUGGAGACGAAAUGCAUGUGUGGCAGCUUAGCAUAAAAAAAAAUAAUAAUUUUUUUUUACACUUAGCGUUUUGACAGUUGCCGUCAUAUUUUCGGAAUCAAAGCCUGUACCGGAACAGCAUUCCGGCUCUGAAUCUUAUACCGGAGCUGCGUUCUGGCCCUGAAUCUUAUACUGGAACUGCGUUCCUGACCGUUCUGGCCUUCUUUCACCCCUGGCUAUAACGUAUAUGAAAUGCAUAACUGAUGCUACAACAAUCUAACGAUAUACUAGCAAGCUGGGUGGCCAGUGGGGUGGCCAACAAAUUUAUAGGGGGGGCCGUGGCCACCCCCUGGUGGCGCCACUGCAACCACUGCUUUACGGUCAUUUUGAAGGUGUUGCAAUGGCGUACCACACGCAGGCUAAUUUUAGACCGUGACGUCGCAUCGUAAAGCGGAAGUAAAGCCGAAGUGGGACAUUAUAGACCCGCCCUCGCAUAGACACAAUGUAAUUUGUGCUACUUUUCUCCGGUAAUCUUUCAAAAACGAACAUGCCGAUCACGCAUUGCAUUUUUGGAACUUGUAGAAACGACUCUAGACAUUACGACACAUGAAGGAUGUUUUCUUCAUACGUUUCCGGAAACCAAAAAACUCGGGAGGAAAAAAUGUGAAGACCGAAUCAACUUGCGCGGAAUUUUAACACCAGCUCGGUGAAUCCAUUCACAUUUCAUAUGCAGUAAACAUUAUGUUGGGUUGGCAUGGUCUUUCAGAGGACAAAGGGGUAAGCCAUUUUUAUAUUUGUAACUGAAUUUUUUUAGCGUAACGUUGUGCCGUACUGCUUCUGUCUGACAAUGAAUGACCUGAAAAGAACUACAAUGGUAUCUGACUGCCACUGUUACCGUUUCUGUACCUGGCGAUGUGACUUGGUCCUCAUUGAGCUUGAGAGCCGACCCGCCUGAUGCGAAAAAAUUAUGACAAGCUUUACUUAGAGCCAAUUACCUUUAAUUCAUUAUAUAAACAAUUAACGCUUGAUUAACAUCAACUGGCACAACAAAAUUGCCAUUACUUUGAAGUGAAAAGUAAAGGAAUAAACAUAAAAGCACUAAUUCAAAAUAAAAGGCAUUCAUAUGCGACUCCCACAUUAAC